AUGGUCGCUGCCUCCGCCGGGCUGAACGACACCCGCGAUCCACCGCCGAUCGCAGCCAUGGUGUGUGAUGCAAACGACGUGCUGUAUCGGGGAACUCGGCUAGCCGAACAGGGCCUCUUCGUUGAGGCUCUUGCUGCUUUCAGGGACCUCGACCCUCCGGCGGUCUCAACGCCGGAGCUCUUGGAGGCGAUAGCGCAGUGCGAGCUCAUGUUGGACACGGCGUCCUCGGCGCACCGAGCUGUCGAGGCGGCUCGCAAUGCCGUCGCCCUGGCCCCGGGAGCGACGCUGACACUGCCAGAGGCGAAGCAGACGCUAGCGCGAGCGUUGAUGAGUGCCUUCCGCGUUCCAGAGGCCAUCGAGACGUACCGACAGGUCCUGACUCUGCGUCCUGGCGAUGCGGAGGCGAGUGCAGAACUUUCCGAGGCCACGGCCGCACUGAAAGCCCACGAACGACGCUUGGCGACGCUGCCUGGAACUGAGGAGGAUUGGGCGGCGAGGCGCCGCCGGCUGCUCGAGCAGGUUCGAGCACAGCGCAGGCCCAACUGGAAGGAAGCGGACUGGAAGGUCCACUCCUUCGCUCGCUUGAACUUGGGCGCUAUCUAUGGCCGCUGCAUGGACAACAUUGCAAGGGUUGAUGUGCAAGAUGAGAAGUACAAAAACUUCGGGCGGGAGUAUCAGAGCAGAUCAGUUCCCGCACUGAUCAAUGGCGCAAUGAACAGAUGGCCCGCAAUGGGCCGCUGGAGCAUGGAGAACUUUGCAGCGGAUUUCGGCCAUCAGAAGAUCAUUUGCGAUCACCGAUUCGGCAUCCGCAUGCGUUUCAAUGACUUCAGGGACUACAUGGCAGAGCAGGAAGACGACACACCACUCUACCUUUUCGACCACGCCUUCGGUGAGUACCCUUCGACGAAAAACUUGCUGAGCGAGUACGAGGUGCCCGAGGCCUUCCAGAGCGAUCUCUUGGCAGAGCUCGGAACGCUGCGGCCGCCGUUCCGAUGGCUCCUGCUUGGACCCCGCCGUUCUGGCAGCACUCUCCACAAAGAUCCUUUGGGCACGUCGGCCUGGAAUGCCCUCGUGUUCGGCAAGAAGCUUUGGGUCCUCUUCCCGCCCUCCACUCCACCGGAGCUCCUUCGCCCCGAGGCAGAUACGGACUUCAGCGAGGAGUCCGCCUCAUGCUGGUUUUUGCACUGGUGGAAGAGUGCUCGUGCACGGGCAUGGCCCGAGCAAUUCACGCCCAUCGAGUUCCUGCAGCAGCCGGGAGAGGUUGUGUUCGUGCCCGCACGAUGGUGGCAUGCUGUCCUGAACCUGGAGGAUUCACUGGCGGUCACCCAGAACUUCUGCAACGAGUGGAAUGUGGGGAACGUUUGGAGGUGCACAUCGGCCACCCACCCUGUCCUGGCGCGGCACUUGCGCCAGAGCUUGAAGUGCCGUCGUCCAGAUCUUUGCGAAUCGCUAAUGGCCAAACAACCACAGAUGGAUGGCGAUGAUCCCAAGGUGUCCUACGUCUUCGACACGAGCAGCAGGCAAGUUGCGCUUGACAAGCAGGAGGAGCCCAUGUCCUCUGACGACGAGUAUCUUACUUGGAUGGCGAACGGCCCCAAGCGGCGGCGCUACAGCGGAGAAGAUGCUGCCAAAAGAUCUUCGACGCGGCAUACUGGCCGCCUGGUCAAUGAGGGCUUCGCCUGGAGCGUUGCGAACGUAGUGUUGAAUUGGGACGGCCGUGGGGCUCCUCCGGCGGAGCUUCCGCUUCGACCACCAGGCCCCCCCGAGCCCGUUCCGGAAGACCCCAAGCGACCAAAGAAGUCGCACGCAGAGCAGGCAGCCGAGGAAGAGGCUGACCGGAAUCUGCUUCCUUUUGGCUCCUCUGAGCUGGAGAAGGUAUUGACAGAGAGGGCUUGGGGGUACUUUGAUUGUCACGCUUCUUUUCCGGCCAUGGAUGCGGAGACGUUGGUGACCCUGGCCCGUGUGGCCGAGCGAGCGGAGCGCUACGACGAGAUGGCGAACUACAUGAAGCCCUCUGAAGCAACGCUGUUGGUGUUGAGAGUCUGCGGUUUUGCUUCGCAUACUUGUGCGUGUGAUUGCCCGGAAUAG